AUGGGUUGUUUCCGCCAACUCCGGAGACUUCCUCAAGUGCAGCCCAAGUACCUGCAGUCCCUUGGCGCGCUUAUAGAAUUGGCUGUUCCAGAAGUAGCUCGUAGGGCUUUAGAGAUCUGCAACGUCCUGGGUUCCCUCCUACUGCUUGGACUCCAGCUCGUCUGCCCACAGCCCUCCACUGAACACAGAAAGGUCCCGCAGCGGAUGGCGGCGGCCCAGGGCGUCCCCGAGGACGGCGGCGGCGGCGCCCCGGGCGUGUGGGGCGCCUGGGGACCCUGGUCCGCCUGCUCGCGCAGCUGCAGCGGCGGCGUGAUGGAGCAGACGCGGCCCUGCCUGCCCGGCUCGUACCGCGCGCGCGGGGCCCUGCGGCCCGGAGCGCCCCCGCGCGCCUUCGCGGGCCACGUGGUGUCGGCCGUGCGCACGUCGGUGCCGCUGCACCGGAGCCGCGACCGCGAGGAGCCGCGCGCCCCCGCCGGCCCCGACGCCAGCCGCCAGGGCCCGGGGCAGCGGGGCAGCCGGCACCCGCAGGCGCGGGGCCGCGACCCCACGGCGGAGAGCAGGAGCAGGACCCGCGGUCCCAUCGGCCCUGGCAAGUAUGGCUACGGGAAGGCCCCGUACAUCUUACCACUGCAGACGGACUCCGCACACUCGCCGCAGAGGCUUCGGAGGCAGAGGCCCCCGUCCCGGCAUUCCAGGGCCCAGGGGGCAUCCGGUCCUAGCCAUGGCUACGGCCCGCCGGCCCACCGGGCUCCCCAGCACGGGCCUCUGUACCAGAGUGACGGUGGCCCUCGUUCUGGACUGCAGACCUCCAAGACCUCCCUCUACCAGCAGCCCUUGACCCACGACCAAGGCUUUCCCUCAGCUUCCAGUCUCUUCCACGGCCCGGAAACCAGCAGCAACCAUGGCAUGGGGGCCCCCAGGGCAGCUCAGAGCUUCUCGCAGCCCGCCCGGUCUGCAGCCAUCUCCUGCAUUGGGGCCUAUCGGCAGUACAAGCUGUGCAAUACCAAUGUGUGUCCAGAAAGCAGUAGAAGCAUCCGGGAGGUCCAGUGCGCAUCCUACAACAACAAGCCGUUCAUGGGCCGCUUCUAUGAAUGGGAACCGUUCGCAGAAGUAAAGGGCAACCGAAAGUGUGAGUUGAACUGCCAGGCAAUGGGCUACCGCUUCUACGUCCGGCAAGCUGAGAAGGUCAUUGAUGGUACCCCCUGUGACCAGAAUGGCACGGCCAUCUGCGUGUCUGGGCAGUGCAAGAGCAUUGGCUGUGAUGACUACCUGGGCUCGGACAAAGUGGUGGACAAAUGCGGGGUGUGCGGAGGCGACAACACGGGCUGUCAGGUUGUGUCAGGCGUAUUCAAGCACGCCCUCACCAGCCUGGGCUACCACCGAGUGGUCGAGAUUCCCCAAGGAGCCACCAAAAUCAACAUCACCGAGAUGCACAAGAGCAACAACUAUUUGGCUUUGCGAAGUCGUUCUGGCCGCUCCAUCAUCAACGGGAACUGGGCAAUUGACCGGCCGGGAAAAUACGAGGGCGGAGGGACCAUGUUCACCUACAAGCGUCCAAAUGAGAUUUCGAGCACCGCCGGAGAAUCCUUUUUGGCUGAAGGCCCCACGAAUGAGAUCUUGGAUGUCUAUAUGAUACACCAGCAGCCCAACCCAGGAGUCCACUAUGAGUACGUCAUCAUGGGGACCAACGCCAUCAGCCCACAGGUGCCUCCUCACAGGAGACCAGGGGAGCCCUUCAACGGCCAGCUGGGGACACACGGGAGGGGCCAGGAGGAGGGAGAAGAGAAGGAGGAAGCGGAGGAGAAGGAAGAUGUGCACGGCGGGGCCCCCGAAGUAUUCACCUCGGAAUCGGCACAGACCUUCCCAGUCAGGCAUCCGGAUGGAUUUUCUUCCCAUCGGCCAGACAAUGUGGUGCCGGCGGUACCACAGCCCCCGCGGCGAAGCCGGGACCACAACUGGAAGCAGCUGGGGACCACAGAAUGCUCCACAAGUUGUGGGAAAGGAUCGCAGUUCCCUAUUUUUCGCUGUGUGCACCGAAACACCCACGAGGAGGUGCCCGAGAGCUACUGCGACUCCAGUAUGAAGCCCACCCCCGAGGAGGAGCCCUGCAACCUGUUCCCUUGCCCAGCCUUCUGGGACAUCGGAGAGUGGUCCGAGUGCAGCAAAACCUGCGGCCUGGGCAUGCAGCAUCGCCAGGUCCUGUGCCGCCAGGUGUACGCCAACCGCAGCCUGACGGUGCAGCCCUACCGCUGCCAACACCUGGAGAAGCCCGAGACCACCAGCACCUGCCAGCUCAAGAUCUGCAGCGAGUGGCAGAUCCGGACGGACUGGACCUCGUGCUCAGUGCCCUGCGGGGUGGGACAGAGGACCCGAGACGUGAAGUGUGUGAGCAACAUCGGGGAUGUGGUCGACGAUGAGGAAUGCAACAUGAAGCUCCGGCCGAACGACAUUGAGAACUGCGACAUGGGGCCCUGUGCCAAGAGCUGGUUCCUCACCGAGUGGAGUGAAAGGUGCUCAGCAGAGUGUGGGGCUGGAGUGCGGACACGCUCAGUGGUGUGCAUGACCAACCACGUCAGCAGCCUGCCCCUGGAGGGCUGUGGGAACAACCGACCCGCAGAGGCCACCCCAUGUGACAAUGGGCCCUGCACGGGCAAGGUGGAGUGGUUUGCAGGGAGCUGGAGUCAGUGUUCCAUCGAGUGUGGGAGUGGGACCCAACAGAGGGAGGUGAUUUGUGUUAGGAAGAACGCAGACACCUUUGAAGUGCUGGACCCCUAUGAAUGUUCCUUCCUGGAGAGACCCCCCAGCCAGCAAGCAUGCCACCUCAAGCCUUGCGGGGCCAAAUGGUUUAACACAGAAUGGAGCAUGUGUUCCAAGAGCUGCCAGGGUGGCUUCCGCGUCCGCGAAGUGCGCUGCCUGUCAGAUGACAUGACCCUAAGCAAUCUCUGUGACCCUCAGUUGAAACCAGAAGAGAAAGAAUCGUGUAACCCUCAGGACUGUGUCCCUGAAGUUGAUGAAAACUGCAAGGACAGGUACUACAACUGCAACGUGGUGGUGCAGGCGCGACUCUGCGUCUACAAUUACUACAAGACCGCCUGCUGCGCGUCCUGCACUCGCGGGGCCAACAGGCACGCGGGCUUCCUGGGGAGCAGAUAA